CUCAAUCUCAUAAAUCGUGAGAUCAUGACCUGAGCCCAAAUCAAGAGUGGGACGCUUAACCGACUGAGCCAUCCAGGCGCCCCUUUUCUGUCCUUUUCAUAGCAAUGUAUAAAUCUUCUGGAGUUACGGAGAGAACUUUCACUUGGCAUCAUGGUUCACCCAGAGUGAGGCCCAGUAAAUGUGGGUUGGUUUGUGCCCUUCCAUAAUUUUUACUUUUGGCCUUGUAAAUAGAGACCCCAAAUGUUGGAAGAACUAUUUUCCACCCCACCUAACUUACUUUUCAGAGAUUUUUCUACCUGCAUGAAAAUAAAUGAGUACUAAAAUUUUCUGUAUUUCAUGAGUCAAUAUGGCACUUGGAUACUGCCAAUUCUUUUGACUGUUGUUUGAAAAAUGAUAUAUAGACAGUCCCUGACUUAGGAUGUUUUGACUUAAGAUUUUCAACUUUACACUGGUGCGCAAGUGAUAGGCAUUCAGUAGAAAUCAUACUUUGAAUUUUGAUAUUUUCCCAGGCUAGCAUUAUGCCAGAAGAAAGAUACUUUCUCCUGGUGCUGGGCAGCACAGCUGGUGUGACUGCCAGUCCCAUCACAUGAUCAGGAGGGUAAACAACUGAUACACUUAAACCAUUUAGUGCCCACACAACCGUUUUGUUUUUCACUUUCUGUAAAGUAUUCAAUAAAUUAUAUGAGGUAUCCAACACUUUAAGAUAGGCUUUAUGUUAGAUGAUUUUGCUUAACUAUAGGCUAAUGGAAGUGUUCUCAGCACAUUUAAGGUAUGCUAGGCAAAACUGUCAUAGGUUAAGUGUAUUAAAUGUACUUUUAACUUCAGGAUAUUUUCAACUUGAUGGAUUUAUCAGGAGGAUCUAACCCCAUCAGAAGUUGAGGAAGAUGUAUAUUUGAAAUGUUUGUGUCACGAAUGUAGGACCCUUCUGAUAAAGAGUAAUAGUGUCCCUCGGAUUCUGAUUUUUUUUUUUUUUUUUGCCUUGGAAAGUAAUGCCACUUAAAACUGUGUCAUUCAUCUUUAGUGGUUUCUAGGCAGCUGGUGACACUCCUUCUGAGAAGCCUGCCUUUAGAACCGUUAUGUUACAGUAGCUGCUGGGCUUGCGUGUGGAACGCUGACGUCAUUGUGGGGUAAGAUACCACAGCGAGAUUAACUGAAUUGGAGAAGGUCUCACAAACCUGCAGGGCCCUGCCUUCACGUUUCCGGGACUGGCUCUGCAGCCCCUCUGCGGGGGGAACUUAGGGCGGACCUUCCGCCCCGCCCAGCCGCCGGGUUAGGACCCUGGACGGCGCGUGCGCCGCUCCCUCACCCGCGGUCGGGCGAGCCUGCGUCCUGCUAACCUGAUUCUCCAUAUUACUGCGACCUGGCUUGCAGUAGGCCGCCGCAGCCUAAGGGGCUGUUCUGCAUACCUUCGUUUUUGUAUGCCUUUCCCCUGCCCUGACGGAAUGGCUGUUUUACCUCCAGAAACUGGGUUCAGGAUGGGGUCUCUCCCCCUGUGCCAAACCCCUUACCUUCACAGGUACACUAAGAUGAAGACAGCCACCAACAUCUAUAUCUUCAACCUGGCCCUGGCAGAUGCACUGGCCACCAGCACACUGCCCUUCCAGAGUGCCAAGUACCUGAUGGAGACAUGGCCCUUUGGAGAACUGCUCUGCAAGGUUGUGCUCUCCAUUGACUACUACAACAUGUUCACCAGCAUCUUCACACUCACCAUGAUGAGUGUCGACCGCUAUAUUGCUGUCUGCCACCCUGUCAAGGCCCUGGACUUCCGCACACCUGCCAAGGCCAAGCUGAUCAACAUCUGCAUCUGGGUCCUGGCCUCAGGUGUUGGUGUACCCAUCAUGGUCAUGGCCGUGACCCGCCCCCGGGACGGGGCAGUGGUAUGCACCCUCCAGUUCCCCAGCCCCAGCUGGUACUGGGAUACGGUGACCAAGAUCUGCGUGUUCCUCUUCGCCUUCGUCGUGCCCAUCCUCAUCAUCACCGUGUGCUACGGCCUGAUGCUGCUGCGCCUGCGCAGCGUGCGCCUACUCUCCGGCUCCAAGGAGAAGGACCGAAGCUUGCGGCGCAUCACGCGCAUGGUGCUCGUGGUGGUGGGCGCCUUCGUGGUGUGCUGGGCGCCCAUCCACAUCUUCGUCAUCGUCUGGACGCUGGUGGACAUCGACCGCCGCGACCCGCUCGUGGUGGCCGCGCUGCACCUGUGCAUCGCCCUCGGCUACGCCAACAGCAGCCUCAACCCCGUGCUCUACGCCUUCCUCGACGAGAACUUCAAGCGCUGCUUCCGCCAGCUCUGCCGCAUGCCCUGCGGCCGCCCGGAGCGGAGCAGCUUUAGCCGCGCCCGCGAAACCGCGGCCCGCGAACGGGUCACCGCCUGCACCCCGUCCGACGGUCCCGGCGGGGGGGCUGCCGCGUGACCGCGCCGGCCCGCCCCGCCGCCGUCCUCCCACUCCCCGGGGUGACCUGGCCGACUCCCCGGGCUCGCAGGGGGCGGGGCCGCGACGCGGAGUGGGGCGAACAGGGCCCCUGUUUUGGAGAAGGGGGCCCGUGCUGGA